AUCCGGAGGCGCCAAGAAACCGGAAAUCAAAACGUAAACGCUUCUGAAGAGAAAAAAAGGGCGAUAUUUCUCUAUAGUUAUUCAGUAAAUCGUUAAUUAUUGGUUACAUUAUUGAAGAUGGAAAAACAGUCGUAUUUUCCCGUCCCUCCGGGAGUGGGAAUGGAGGAGAAUUUUCUGUCUCUUGAUGAUAUUUUGCUCUCUCACGAGAGGCUUCCUGUCCGGACGGAGUGCACAUUUCCCCGGCUUGGAUUCCUGGAGAAGUCGAGCGACUCGCAGGACAUCCCGGAGGCUACAAAGAUGGAGCUUCCUCUCUGGCUGUCCAAAGGUCUGUAUGAGAGGAAGAGGAAGGUGCUGUCUGUGGAGCUUCCCAAGGUGUACAGAGAGGGUUGGAGGACCGUCUUCACAGCUGACCCCAAUGUGGUCGACCUGCAUAAAAUGGGGCCCUACUACUAUGGUUUGGGAUCCCAGAUGCUGCACUUUGACAGUCCAGAGAAUCCAGAUAUUGCUCAAGCACUGUUGCAGACGUUCAUCGGUCGGUUCAGACGAACCAUGGACUCCUCCCAGAACGCCUACAACGAGGACACGUCUGCUCUGGUGGAGCGYCUGGACAGCCUGGAGAAAGUUCUGUUCAGGUCCGGUCAGAACGGCCUGAACAGCUUCCAAAGCUGGGAGAAGGGUCAGGCCUCGCAGCUCACUGCCUCCAGUCUGGUUCUCAACUACCGCAAGAGGAAGUUCACCGAUGUUCAGGACUGAACUCAGACGUGAUUAUUAAGCGUUAUUGAUUUUCUUUGGAUCAGUUUCUGUUGCUAAGUUGUUGUGUUACAGCAGCUGCAGCAGKCAGGAGGUUUCAGCAGAACUUCCAGCAGAUCAGAUGAGAUCUGCUGUCAUUCAGGAUCUCUCCUGAGGUCUCGAACUACUCAGAUAUUUUUGGAUAAAUCAUCACUGAAACGUUUCCUAAUCUGAAGCUUCAACAGCCUGUGUGGAGCAGCAGCAGCUCGACUCCGAGCCUCUUCCAGACGUUUGAGACUCUUCCACCCGGACUUUACCCAGASAAGCUUUACACAGACUUUUCUUUAGCCUGAGACAACGACAGAGCUGUUUUAAAAUGACAAACAAUUCAGGACAAAACUUGGAUUAGUACUUAUYCCAUUCAAUCCAUGUGUGAAGCGCUCAGGAGGGACUGACUAUAUAGAUUUUAAAAUUCUUAAGAAGGGCAAUUGAAAAAAGCACUAUUUGGAAAAAAUCUCACAUUUUCCUUGUAUCUAAAACUUUGAAGAUUAGUUCAUUUAAAAAAAAAGCUAAUAAAAUUUGCAAGAUCUAACCUCAUAUUAACAUAUUUACUUAAAACCCCCUAAAACUCCUCAAAGCAGUGCACAUCACCUGUCGCCUUCACGCCAGAGUUUGAGCCUGACAUUAUUUUAUGUUGUGAAGUGAUGGAGUUGUAACCGUUUGGUUUGUGUUUGUGUUUCCCCCAAAUCAAAUUUGAGUUUAGUUUCUGUAAAACUGCCAGAGUUGUUUUUAUAUUUGCUGUUUAUUAGCUCGGGUGGUCAUCACGAGUUGGGUGGACUYCAAAGGUUAAUCUGUUGAAGAUGUGCAUCCAGAUUUACAGAUCCUCAGAUUUAAUCCAGGACAUACGGAAGCAAUGCCCUCGUGUUUGAGAAGAAAACAUUUACUCUGUUCA